AGCGAGAGCGCGCGUGAGAGCGAGAGCGGAGAGAGGGUCCACGGGGAGAGAGGGUCCACGGGGAGAGAGGGUCCACGGGGAGAGAGGGUCCACGGGGAGAGAGGGUCCACGGGGAGAGAGGGUCCACGGGGAGAGAGGGGAGAGAGCAGGGUCCACGGGGAGAGAGCAGGGUCCACGGGGAGAGAGGGUCCACGGGGAGAGAGGGUCCAUGGGGAGAGAGGGUCCACGGGGAGACAGGGUCCACGGGGAGAGAGGGUCCACGGGGAGAGAGCAGGCUGA